CACUUAUUACGAACAAUUAUACUUAAAAUUAUCUUUUAAAUAACCUAAUAAUUUUUUUUAUUUUUUUUUUUUACACUUUUAACUGUAUAGCUCUUUAUUAAAACCUCUUGCUCAAUUUUUAGCAAUGUCCAAUAUUAUUUCAGAUGGGAAAGUAAUGAUGGAGUAUAUUGGAGCAACAGGCAAGCCAAUAACAUUUGAUGAUGUUCCAAUAGAUGAAGGCAUUGACUUCCAUUUCAUUCUCAGCUUUGCUAUUGAUGCUGACCCUUCAGGGAACCCACAAAAUGGCAAAUUCUCACCUUAUUGGGCAUCAACACUAACCCCAGAAUCAGUUGCAUCAAUUAAAUCCAAACACCCUAAUGUCAAAGUCAUGGCUAGCCUUUCUGGUUGGAGUUUAGGCCAAAAAACCCUUAACUGGUACAAGCCGGCAGACACUCAACAAUGGAUAUCAAAUGCAUUCACUUCCCUCAAAUCAAUUGUCAACACUUAUCACCUUGAUGGCAUUGACAUUGACUAUGAAAGAUUCCCAAAGCACAAUGAAACUUUUGCUUAUUGCAUAGGGGAAUUAAUAACUCUUUUGAAGAACCAAAGUGUUAUAUCUAUAGCAACUAUUGCACCAUAUUAUCGAACAAUUUUGCCAUACAUAGAGUUAUACAAGAACUAUGGGGAUUUAAUUGAUUAUGUGAAUCAUCAAUUUUAUACAGAUAAAGUUACUACACCAAGAGGUUAUUUGAAGGCUUUCGUUCUAAGGAGUGAACAAUUUGACGAGGAGAAAGUAAUUCCUAGCUAUGAAGUGGAUGGGAGAGGAAUUCAAGGGAAUGCGUUUUUUGAUGCUUUGAGAUUGUUGGAAAGUAAUGGAUUUCAUGUCAAUGGUGCAAUGAUCUUCUCAGCUGAUGCUUCUGCUAAGGAUAAUUUCUACUAUGAGAGAAAAACACAAGCAUUCUUGCUCAAUUCUACUAGUCACUACUAGGAAUCUGUAAAAUUUUCACGGAAUCCGUUGAAAAUGUGCUCGUCGCAAAUCUCAAAUUAUCGAUCGACAACGUCUCGAUAGGGAGGUUCGUGGGAAACUGCAAAUUCCUAAUAGUGAGUGUAUGAAGAGAAAUACUAUCAUUCAUCACCUAUGUGUAAUAUA